ACACACACACACACGCACAUAUUACAUCCUUGCAUAAUAUUCCCACCACCACAACCAAACAACACAAACCCUACAUUAAGUACCAAAAGCAAACCUCCCUAAUCCCAAUUAACUAUUAAUCUCUCUCUCUCUCUUCCCAAAACACCUCUCAUCUAUAAAAGGCAGCAGCUCACCUGAUUCUUUCUCAUCACAUGCCCACAUAACUUCUCUUCUCUCCCAAAAGCGCUUCACCGAAAAGCACUUACCCAAAAAGCACAAGUUAACCACCAUGGCAAAAUCGCAAACACCUCACAUAGCAAUUCUCCCGACUCCAGGCAUGGGCCACCUCAUCCCACUCGCCGAGUUUGCCAAACGACUCGUCCACCUUCACAACUUCACCGUCACAUUCGUAGUCCCCUGUGACGGCCCUCCCACAAAAGCCCAAAAGUCCGUCCUCGACGCCUUGCCAACCGCCAUCGACCAUGUCUUCCUCCCGCCAGUCUGCUUUGACGACCUCCCACAAGGCUCCAAAAUCGAAACCAUAAUUUCCCUCACCGUCGCCCGAUCCCUCGCCUCCCUCCGCGACGCCCUCAGCUCCUUGGCCUCCCGCACGAAGCUUGUCGGGCUUGUCGUCGAUCUCUUCGGCACGGACGCCUUCGAUGUGGCCAAAGAAUUCAACCUCUCCAACUACAUUUUCUUCCCGUCCACGGCCAUGGCCCUCUCUCUUUUCCUCUACUUGCCGAAGCUCCACGAAACGGUGUCGUGCGAGUAUCGAGACCUCUCCGACCCUGUCACGAUUCCUGGGUGCAUCCCAAUUCCCGGCAGUGAGUUGCUCGACCCGGUUCAGGACCGGAGAGACGAGGCCUACAAAUGGCUUCUUCAUCACACGAAACGGUACCGUUUGGCGGAUGGGAUUAUAGUGAAUAGCUUCACAGAGUUGGAGCCAGGUGCAUUGAAAGCUUUACAGGAGAAAGAACCAGGUAAGCCGCCGGUUUACCCCGUUGGACCUCUAGUUAAAAUGGAGUUCAGCGGCGUUUUGGAUGACCAGUCAUCCAAGUGUCUGAAGUGGCUGGAUGAGCAGCCACGUGGCUCUGUAUUGUAUGUUUCUUUUGGGAGUGGUGGGACCCUCUCUUAUGAUCAGAUCAAUGAGUUGGCUAUAGGGUUGGAAAUGAGUGAGCAAAGAUUUUUGUGGGUGGUGAGGAGUCCUAGUGACCAAGCUGCCAAUACCACUUAUUUUACUGUUCACAGCCAAAAUGACCCUUUGGAGUUUCUUCCCGAAGGAUUUCUAGAUAGGACCCAAGGGCGGGGUCUGGUGGUGCCUAAUUGGGCACCGCAGGCUCAUAUUCUAAGUCAUGAGUCAAUAGGAGGGUUCUUGACCCAUUGCGGUUGGAAUUCUGCAUUGGAAAGUGUCGUAAAUGGUGUACCUCUUAUUGCUUGGCCACUAUAUGCUGAACAAAAAAUGAAUGCUUUUAUGUUUACCAAAGAUCUAAAGGUGGCACUGCGACCCAAGCCCGAUGAACAUGGUUUGAUCGGAAGGGAGGAGAUCGCUAUGGUGGUUCAAUCUUUCAUGGAAGGCGAGGAAGGUAAGCGACUAAGAAACCGAAUGAAGGAACUAAAGGAUGCUGGUGCCAAGGCUCUUAGUGAGAAUGGGGCUUCCACAAAGGCCCUAUCUGAUGCGAUCACAAAGUUGAAAGCCCAAAUUUCAAAUUAAAAUGUGUUCUCAAUAUCUUCAGGCAUCCACCCACUUUACUUUUGUAUUUUCAGCUUUCCAGUGAUAUGGUCCAAAAGGGUGCAAUGAUGGUAUAAUAGUUGUUGGUUGACCGUAAAAUAUUAUGUAUAGAACAGCAACUUCGAUCCUUUUCUUUUGUAUUUAUUUGUUGUUAAAUAUACAUAUAUAAGUAAAGUUGGUGACAUUGAAAGCCUUGUUAGGCAAGGGCACGAUAUGUAAUGGGGUAAGGUGGCGACCCAACUGGGAAGAAACUUUGUUACAUCACGAUAAAGUCGUGGGCACACAUGUAUGGAUGGAGAACUGGAGGUAGGGCAAGUAUGGCAAUUACUAUUAGGGAAAGUGAUAAUUAAGAGGAAAAGUAUGAGCCCCCACACCACAUAUAUGUGGCUGUCAUGAUGUAUAACUUGAACAUGUAUGUAAACCAUCUUUUAGGCUCAAACUUUGAUUGGCAGGAAAAAACUGAAUUAUUUCACAUAUACGUAUGAUUUGUAG